AUGGAAACACUGGAGACUAUUAACCCAUUUACGUUAGCCCCAUGGGAGGAACGAGUGCAGACCGACAAUCAUGAAGUUCCAGAGACACAGGCCGACGCAGGAGGACGCAUGCAGAUCGCGGUCAGUAGUUCGGCGCGGAACGAGCUGGUGGGGUUUGGAGUGGCGAUUGAGAAGCAGCCACCUCGGUAUCGAAAACUGAAACUGAAGACCCACUCCGUCACACUGAGCGCCAGAGCAGAGCAGAAUGCAUACUGCGCAGGACUAGCAGCAAUGGCAAAUGCAUUGGACACGGUCCCGGGGCUGAAACAGUACAGAUUCACACUGCUCACGAGCAACAAAGCGGCGGCUCUCACACUGAGGAACCCUCGACAACAGUCAGGCCAGGGACACAUCUGCCAGAUAUACAAGCUGAUCAGGAGACUACGGAGACACGGGAACGAGAUCCGCAUUCGGUGGGUCCCAAGCAGCGAAGACAAUCAACUGCUGGGCCUGGCAAAAGAGCAGGCCAGGGCCGCGACCCAAGAAGACGCUACCCCGCAAACACGGAGUCCAAGAAUGUAG